ACAGGACACGAUCGGCCCAGGGCUUUAAAAAUCUAACUCGGGAAAGCAUAGCCAUUCUUCGUAGGUUGGGAAGAGUUUGGCACCUAAGAAAACUCUGCAGGGCAGGGAGGCUGAGCGAACCCCUUUUUCCUGUAGAGGGCAGGGCAGAUCACUAGGUAAGCCGGGUGAGCGAGCUGGGGGUGGGGAGAUCUAGCCAGAAGGAGGUGGGGAGUGCUCCUUGCUCCUCUCCUGUAGAUGCUUCCGUGCACUGGGUGGCCGGGAGGACUAGCUCCGUGUCCCUGAGGUGGCAGGCACAACCUCGCCUUUGGGAGCCAGAAAGCCACUUCGGUCCGGAGACCUGCUGGGCGGCGCCGGGGCGCGCAGCCGCUGCGCACGUGCAGCGCGGACUCGCGGACGCGGCAGAGGACCCGAUCCAGGGUGCUGAUGUUCCGGGAUCCGUGUGUUUGCGCUUGCCGCCGGGGAGGCUGUCGCUCCGCCCUUCCUGAGAUCCUUAUAUUAACAGUGGCCAAAGCCCGGAGAAACACAGCUCAUUGUUGGCAGCUGCCUGGCGGUCUUGCGGAGCGGCUAGGGCAGCGGAGGAAAAGAAAAGGGAACGGCUCGGAAUUUGCUCCAGCGGCUGCUGCAAGACCUCGGCGCCAACCUCGCACCGGCGAGCGCCUCACAGCCCAUCGGCUGUCCCUCUAUGUGCUGCUGAGCCGGUCCUGGACUCGACGAGCCCGCCUUCGGUGUUCCGAGCAGAAAUCGCAAAGACGGAAGGUGAGCGCGGCGGGCGAAGCUAGCCAGGGCUGCUGCCAGCCUAGUCCUCCGAGGGCAGGGCUGGCUCCGGGGACAAGCGUGAGGCGGAGCUGGGGAAUAACAACAGGAUGUGCAACCACAGGGACUGGAAAUGGCAGACCAUAUGAUGGCCAUGAACCACGGGCGCUUCCCCGACGGCACCAACGGGCUGCACCACCACCCUGCCCACCGCAUGGGCAUGGGGCAGUUCCCGAGCCCGCAUCAUCACCAGCAGCAGCAGCCCCAGCACGCCUUCAACGCCCUCAUGGGCGAGCACAUACACUACGGCGCGGGCAACAUGAAUGCCACGAGCGGCAUCAGGCACGCCAUGGGGCCGGGGACUGUGAACGGGGGGCACCCCCCGAGCGCUCUGGCCCCGGCCGCCAGGUUUAACAACUCCCAGUUCAUGGGUCCCCCGGUGGCCAGCCAGGGAGGCUCCCUGCCGGCCAGCAUGCAGCUGCAGAAGCUCAACAACCAGUAUUUCAACCAUCACCCCUACCCCCACAACCACUACAUGCCGGAUUUGCACCCCACUGCAGGCCACCAGAUGAACGGGACAAACCAGCACUUCCGAGAUUGCAACCCCAAGCACAGCGGAGGCAGCAGCACCCCUGGCGGUGCGGGUGGCAGCGGCACCCCCGGCGGCUCCGGCGGCACCUCGGGCGGCGCGGGUGGCAGCAGCGCGGGCGGCAGCGGCGGUGGCAGCACCAUGCCCGCCUCGGUGGCUCACGUCCCCGCGGCAAUGCUGCCGCCCAAUGUCAUAGACACUGAUUUCAUCGACGAGGAAGUGCUUAUGUCCUUAGUGAUAGAAAUGGGUUUGGACCGCAUCAAGGAGCUGCCCGAACUCUGGCUGGGCCAAAAUGAGUUUGAUUUUAUGACGGACUUCGUGUGCAAGCAGCAGCCCAGCAGAGUCAGCUGUUGACUCGGUUAACCUCGCAGGCGGAAAGAAAUCACCCUCCCCACCCCACCCCCACCCCCAACUUCUUCGGUGUGAAUUAAAAAAAAAACAAAAAAACAAACAUUCCCUUAGACGCAGUAUCUCGCUUUUCAGAUCCUGAAAGGGUUGAGAACCUGGAAACAAAGUAAACUAUAAACUUGUACAAAUUGGUUUAAAAAAAAAAAAGAUUGCUGCCACUUUUUCCUAUUCUUGUUUCGUUUUUUGUAGCCUUGACAUUCACCUCCCUUAUGUAGUUGAAAUAUCUAGCUAACUUGGUCUUUUUUGUUGUUUGUUUUUACUCCUUUAUUUCCUCACUUUCUCCCGUGCUCAACUGUUAGAUAUUAAGCUUGGCAAACUGCUUAAUCUUGUGGAUUUUGUAGAUGGUUUCAAAUGACUGCGCUGCGUUCAGAUUCAUGAGUGAAAGGAAACAUUGCAUUUGUUGGCUGCAUGAUCUUUGAAGGGCAGAUAUUACUGCACAAACUGCCAUCUCGCUUCAUUUUUUUUAACUAUGCAUUCGAGUACAGACUUAAGUUUUCAAAUAUGCUAAACUGGAAGAUUAAACAUGUGGGCCAAACCGUUCUGGAUCAGGAAAAGUCAUACCGUUCACUUUCAAGUUGGCUGUCUCCCCUCCCCCAUAUGUACAGACAAUAAUAGGGUGUGGAAUGUCGUCAGUGGCAAACAUUUCACAGAUUUUUAUUUUGUUUCUGUCUUCAACAUUUUUGACACUGUGCUAAUAGUUAUAUUCAGUACAUGAAAAGAUACUACUGUGUUGAAAGCUUUUUAGGAAAUUUUGACAGUAUUUUUGUACAAAACAUUUUUUUGAGAAAAUACUUGUUAAUUUAUUCUAUUUUAAUUUGCCAAUGUCAAUAAAAAGUUAAGAAAUAAA